UCCCAAAAGCACCCACAAAUCAAAAUGCGCGUAUUCUUCAUUCUGACCGCGCUGGCAAUUAUCUGUUUGCACAAAACCGUCGAGGCUGCUGCGCCCAAUUAUGACGAACGCGAGCUGUAUGAACCAGCGGUUGAAUUGCAGUUUAAAAUAUGCUUUUCAAUGAAAUUGGCCGUAGCCAAUUUGGAUACCGUGACUGAGUUCAAAUCGGUCUCAUGUCCGGGGGCCUAG